AUCAUAAGGAGAUUCUCUAGAAACAAGGAAGGAGACUAAUAAAAGGUACUGAUGACAACUGUAAAACAUGGGACAGAGUGAUGUAUUCAACAAUGGGAUAUCAUUUCCAUUAUGGAAAACUAUCUGAAUAGAGAUAAUCUAAACACAAGGAAAGACUGAACAUCAAGGAGUAAGACCACCUACAACCACAGUGUCCAGCAGGAUGGCUACCACUUCCAGUUCUGCGUAUUCUGAAUGUAAACCUGGAGACACAUUGUGUGAGAUCCGUGUGUAUGAACAGGAAGUGAUAAUCGUACCGGUGUUGUUUUUGAUGAGUUUCUUGGUCACGCUGGUGUUUCUGCUGCUGCUGAAGUUCUGUCCUGAGAAGGUGGAUCGCCUGCAACCCAGGUCCAGUCGAACAACCAAGACUAGGAGAAACUUGCAAGGCAUUGAUGCUCCCCAGGGUCUGAAUGCUCUUGAAGGUGAGCCCAUAGCGUUGGACACUACAUCUUACAUGACGUUCAGCCCAGUUCGAGACUCCUAUAGAAAUGAACAUGCCUCCUUUAAUGACAACAAUGUGGCCUUUACCGAUGGAGGAGGCUCUUUUGGCGCCACAGCUUCAGCCUUCACAAAGCCCAGGGAACUUCCACGACAGCGACUACCGGAGAACUUCAAAGGGGUGUCUCCUCUCCCAGCAUCAUACUCUCUGAAGUCAGACAGCUCCGUCUCACUCUACAGGGCUCGUAUGGAAAACAGAAAUGUGGUGCUGCGUGUACUUAAAGAUUCAGCCAGUAACCAUGAAAGUCAGUCCUUCUUGGGAUUUGCAUCCUUCCUUUCCCAGUUAGGGCCCCAUCCCUUCUUACCGGAGCUUCUGGGAGUUAUAUCCCUGCGAGCUCCUCUCAUUACUGUUAUUGAAGAGAUGGAGAACAGAGAUCUGCUCGGAUUCCUGUGGAGGUGUAGACAGGAUAAUGUUGGACCAGACGGCAUGUAUCAGAUGACAGAAAAAAAGAUCUUCACCAUGGCUUCACAUGUGUCCUCUGCACUGGACUUUCUCCAUAGCAAAGAUCUUCUCCACUGCAACAUCAAAGCUCGCAGUGUGUUAGUCAGCAGGAUUUGUACCGCAAAACUCUGGGGUUUGAGUGAUUUGUAUGCAAGGACAUCAGCAAGUGCUAAUCACAGUGAAGAUUCUGGGAGAAAAAAGUGGCAGGCUCCUGAGCUACUGGCCAAGAGACCAGCCACUCCAAAAAGUGAUGUUUGGUCACUUGGGCUGCUACUGUAUGAAAUGGUGACUCUUGGUGAGGUCCCCUUUUCUGAAAUCCCUGCAAAGGAACUUCUACAGUAUCAUCAGCGAGGGAAAACCCUGAAGAAACCGAACAACUGCUCCAACUCACUUUUCUCACUUAUCAAAGCUUGCUGUCAGUGGAAGGAACAUGACCGCCCCUCACUGGCUGAGGUCAGGCGUAAACUCCAAUCAGGAGAGAAGAGUGCCAAUGACAGCAGUGUUCUCCGUGUGCCUGAGCCAAUCAAUAUUGAACAGUAUCUGAAGGAAGCAGGAUAUGGAGAAUCCAACAACUACACCGUUUUCUAAACUUCACAUGACUCUUCAUAAUACAUCACACAUAUAUAAAUAUAUUAUUUAGUGUUUGUGGCGUAAACUGUUUAUCUCCAGUGCUUCCUGAUGAGUGAAUUGAGUGUUGACCAGCCAUACUGACAUUAAAACAUUUGAAUGUAUGAAAUGUUAAUUUUAGAGAAUGUUUACAGAUAUUAUUCUUUCUUUAAAAUUCAUUGAACAAAUUGC